AACUCAAUGCCGUUGCCUGAAACCUUGCUGAAGUCAUACCACAUCUCAACCUGAUCAUGAACCUUUGUCGGUCAGGGGAGGAACUGCUCCGACGGGCUUUGCUCAUUGGCAAGAGUUCAUCGUUAAGGAAACAGUGUGGCUCUCUGGCCCAGAGUCCUGUUAACAAUAUCUUUGCAUUUACUUCUCUGCGAAGGGGGAGGCCUUUGUCAGGAUGUGCAAAGACAGGUCUCAGAUAUUACUCUCAUGGUGAAACACAUGGACAGGCUCUCGAAGGACUGGCAAGCCAACCAGUCAGCGUCCAGGACCCUUCUUCCACUGUCAAACCCACACCUUUGCAUACCUCUGCUCACACAAAGAGGCAGUUGUCCUUUUACGACAUGCUCCAGGAGUGUUCAUCACCCACAGACGUACUGGACCUGGCUGGAGAGCAUGCCUACUCACACACACAGAUCAGUAACAGUUUAAUUCGAAUCUGGGUGACCACCAAGAAGAUGACGGAGGAUCAGCGGCGUUGUGAGCUGCAGCUGAUGUUUGAACAUCCAGUUUUCGAGGAGCUGUGUCAGAGGGCGGUGGUGGAUGCGCACCGCAUGCGGAACGACGACUUAGCCUACAGCCUGCUGGCAACCAUUAAACUCGGUGUGUCACAUCGAAGUCGCGUCGUGCAGACGCUUCUCCGAGUCGUCCAGGAAAACCUGAAUGAGUUUGAUGAAAAACCCCUCUCGGUGUUGGCGGCGUGUCUGGAAGACAUGGAGGGAAGCCCAAAUGUUGAAGCCCUCAAGGAAGGUUUCAGCCUCAUCCUUGAGGACCGAAUUCCCAAGAUCCAGAGGGUGGUCCCUCUCCAGACCAUGAUGCGUAUGGUGGGGAAGAAAGCUCCUGUUGAGCUGAAGAAGAAGCUGGAGCAAAAAGCUCUUUCCAUGGCGGAUGAUUUUACCCUUCCCAAUGCCCAGUACAUGAUCACCACUUUGGCUACCAUGGGUCUGAACUCCAAACCACUCCUGGACAUCUGCAGCAAAAGGAUAGCAGACAACGUUCACAGCGUGCCCUUUAACAGGCUGCUGAUGGUACUGAAGGCCUUUAAGGAGCUGCAUUACAGGAGCGUUGUUUUGCUCUCCUCUAUCUCUGAGUAUGUGGCCUCCACCUUCGACAUGUGGAGCAACAAGCAAGUGGUCCUGCUUCUGUUGGAGUUUGAGAACCUAAACUUCAGUCCAGUCAAAAUGCUGGAUGUGUUUGCUGACAGAGUGAUCCAGAACCCGGGCGCUCUAAAACUCAAGGACAUCCUGAGCGUUCUAAAGGUCUACUCACAGUUCAAUCAUGACCUCAAAGCUUCCAGACAAGACUUUCUGGACAGUGUAAGCAGCGUGCUGGAGUCCUACCUUCCCAAGAUACCCCCAGCAGAUCUGCUGAAGGCCGUCUUCUGUCUGUGCACCAUGGACCACUUCCCACUGGCCCCGCUGGAGAAACUCCUACAGAGGGAGGUGCUGAAGGAGCUCCUAGACAAAGAUGGCCAGUCACACCGAGGUCUCCGACAGAAGUUACACACAGUGUCACUCUGUCUGCGCCUGGACGACCCUCCUCUUCCUCCAGACUUCCCAUCUCUUCCAGACACAUUCUCUCUCGCCCCACCUGAGCUCCCAGUAAACCCAGGCCUGGUCAGCACUUUGAAGAGCGUAGUAGGGGAUGCAGUAAUGGAGGAGGGAGUGGUUGUAGAGAAUGUCUAUUUUAUUGACUGUGUGGUCAGAUUACCUGCUCAAACUACAGAGGCUAAUUCUGCUGGGAGGGAAGAAUCUUUCUCAUCUGAAGAUAUUCAUACAGAACGGAUUGCAGUGCUUUGUGCUCCCCCAACAUCUUUCUGCUUUGGUUCUCUCCAUCCCCGUGGCAACCUUGCUCUGAAGCUUCGCCACCUUAGAGCCUUACAGUACAGACCUGUACUGGUGCCUGUCCAUGAGUUACAAGCCCAGACUGAGGAAGAGAGGACCAACGUGCUGAAGAGAUUAAUUUUCCCAGAAAAUGAGGAGCUGAAAAAGGAAGGACUGUCAUUAAGCAAUAAUGAUGGCCUGAGAGUGGAGUGAGACUGGCAACUGGGCCCACACUAACAAAGUUCCAUUUGAGGGAACUGGUCACGUUGUCCCAUAAGGACCCGAAUUCUUUCACUGCUCAUAUCAGCCAAUAUAUCAUUUCUGGACUUUACAGAGCAUUGUGAUAUGUUGUAUAUUUUACAUAAACAGUACCUCAUUUAUCAAGUGAAAGAACGCACCAUGUUGUGGACAGGAGGUGUUAACAGGAGUAGGACAGGGAAUGAUGAAGAGCCAUUCUGUGAUCUGGAAGCUUCUGUUCAUUACAUUUAUCACU